GGGUCACAUUUAUGAUAUAAACUAAAUGUGUCUCUUUCUGCAGCUCAAACUUUACUGGGAAAUUGGAAAUACAUGUGAGAAACGUGGGAGAGAAGUUACACGUUUUAAAGUCAUUGCUGAUUGUGCUUAAAUGUACUUCAGUGACACACACCGUCCACAGGAGGCAGCAGUGGACCAGCUGCGUCUGUGUCCCUGAGAGCAGUUCACAGACUUCAGUUCUUGUUGUCAGUGUCACUCAGUCUGGAAGGUAAGGAUGUGAACAAACUGUAGAGUAAUCACUGACUGCAGAUGUGAUUCGCUCACUCUUUGGGUGAAAAGGUUAUGAUAGAAAAAUAAGUGAAUUUAAAAAUUUGAUGUUGCUAUUAAUAUUGAAUUAUUCAUUUAUUUGAUCACAGUUUGAUUUAUUUAAAAAAAUAUAGUUGGUGAAGAUAAAUGUUCUGAGUCACAAAGCAGAAAACUGCAGCAGAAUGUUUUGUACAAACCUGCUUUUUGUGCUGAUCCUGGGUUUUUAGAUCUGGUAUUUCUCACCCAGCUGAGAAGCAGAGACUCAGGAGACAUCAGUCCCUGCUCAUCCUGAGGGAUCUGGACUUUCACAGAGUGCAGGGACCUGAGGGACGUGGGCUCUCAGAGAGGACAGGGAACUUGAUGAAACUGGAUAAGGACGACUGCUGAGAAAAGCUUUGCUUUUUUUGUGUCUUUGUUUGAAAAAGCUGCCGAACAAUGAGCGUCUCCAGGAAGCAGGUGUCUCUGGUUCCUCUGGGUUUUCUCUUCUGGGUCUUGGUCCUUUCUCAGUGUCAGGAGGAAAACUCUGGAAUUCCCUCAGGUGAGUACCGGGUGGACGAAGGUUCGGUCAUCAGCCGAUUUAACACGGAUGUGUCUCCUGAGCCAGAGUUUCCACUGAGGCCAACACGCCUCUAUGACCAGGACCAGGUCCCAGACGAAGAGGGGGAGGAAGACUAUGACCCCUACGGUUCCGCCCCUAACCAGGUGACCAUGAUCACUGAGGACACGUUCCCACUCGUCCCCACGGCCCAGUCUCACUACGCCAAAGAGGACACAGAGUUAAUGCAGUACGAGUUUCCUGACACCGACUCCUCAGAAGAGUCUGGAGCUGACGCAUUGCUUGGACAGGAAGAGGCGGGGCCAACAGAGUGUGACUGUGAACCUGGAGAACCAGGAUUUGCUGGAUUCAUGGGACCCAAGGGAUCCAGAGGACUCCAGGGUAAACUUGGAGAACCUGGUCCCCAAGGCCGUGAGGGUUAUAAAGGAACCAAAGGUGUUCGGGGAAGAGGAGGAGUCGCAGGGCCUGUGGGUGAUGCUGGCCCUGAAGGAGACGAUGGAGCUUCAGGUUUUUCUGGAGCCAUGGGAGAAGCUGGACUUCCAGGAGAUCUAGGUGAACGCGGGGAGCUUGGUCUGAACGGUGACGUCGGCAUGGAAGGACCACAAGGUGGAGUUGGUGCCCCUGGUGGCCCUGGUUCUCCCGGUGAAGCUGGACCUCCAGGUUCAAAGGGAGGUAAAGGUGUGAAGGGUACUCGAGGUACUGAAGGUCUUCAAGGUCAACACGGACGAGACGGACCAAAGGGUCAGACUGGAGCUCCAGGAUUCCCAGGAGAUGUUGGUGAGAGAGGAUACACUGGUUAUCCUGGACAGCCAGGGGGCACUGGACCGUCAGGACCAAAGGGCAGUAAAGGUCUGGAUGGAAUUCCAGGCAGCGACGGAGAUCCUGGACAAGACGGUUCAAUGGGAGUCCCGGGUGUGAUCGGAGAGCCAGGUCAAUUUGGCCCCAAGGGGAACAAAGGGGAACAGGGUGUGAGAGGACCCCGAGGAAGAGGGGGCGCUGUGGGGACUCAAGGAGAACCCGGAGAUUCUGGAGUAGCAGGAAACCCAGGAGCCAGAGGAUUGCAGGGAGCUCAGGGGGCGAAAGGUGAACAAGGCACUCCUGGUACAAAGGGGGCAGCAGGCAGGAAAGGCAUCAAAGGAGAUAAAGGUCAAAAGGGAAUCCUGGGCGAGCGAGGAGACAAAGGACAGCAUGGACUGAAAGGUCCAGUCGGUCCUGCCGGUGGUCCUGGUCCCGUGGGUCCACCGGGACUCCCAGGAACCAGAGGAGAGCGAGGUCUGAUUGGAGAUGCCGGUGUCAGAGGCCGAGCUGGACCCAAAGGAGUCCAGGGUUCUGUGGGUCCAGGUCUUAGUGAUGAGCAGGUCCUGCAGCUUUGUCGAGGCGUGGUCACGGCCCAGAUUUCUCAGUACGCCGCCUCCAUCCGGGCCAAGUGUUCCCAGGGCUGCCCUAUCAACAACAGGACGCUGAUCGGGCCGCCGGGCGCCCCAGGACAGGAAGGCCUGCAGGGCAGGAGUGGAAAAGCUGGAAAACAUGGAGCGAAGGGAUCGAGAGGAGCUCAGGGUGAGAGAGGACUGCAUGGAGAGCCAGGUGAACCAGGAGAAACAGGUUUGAAAGGAUCUAAAGGACUCAUGGGAAGUCCAGGUAAAGGUUUGCCAGGACCUGAUGGACCGCAAGGAUCUAGAGGCUUUCCAGGUCUACCAGCGGAACCCAGAGAUGGUCUGGAAGGACCCAGUGGUCCUCGUGGCUUCAGGGGUCCAGUGGGUCCACCUGGUACCACGGGGGUUGCAGGAGUUCCAGGAUUCUGUGAGGCCCGGGACUGUAGCAUUCACGCCCCGGUUCUGAGGAAAGAACAGGGUCUGGUCAAAGGUCCCGUCAGUUAGAAAACAAACCAGGACCAGAAUCAGACCAGCUGGGAUCUACAGAACCCCCAGAACCAGAACCAGAACCUGCUGUUGACUUCAGAACACAUGAAACUGGACCGGUUGUUGAUCUAAGACUUCAGAACCAGAUCUGCUGAGGACAUAAAGACUGCAGAGAGAUCUGGUUUGUCAGAACUUUUUAACCUUUUCUUUUUUUUUUUCCAGAACAAAUGUGUUUUAUGAAAAUGUUGUUUUCUGUUAAAUCACAAUUAAAAAGAAAAUAUUUUCUAAAGUUCCUUUAAGGUGUUUCUUCCUCAGAACUGUUUCAGUUUCAAGAAACAACACUGAGUUCACAGUUACAAUUAUAUUUUCCCAGGAACAGCUACAGUGUAUCUAACACAAGACAAGUGAACUGAUAGAACCAGCGGUGGAUCAACAACUGCUGUGUCUGAAAAAAGAAAACAUCUAUAGUUUUGUCUUUCAGGGUUGAUAAGAAAGAGAAGUGAGUCAGUGUCUCAUAGUGUCUCAUUGUCCUCCCUGAAUGGUCUCUUGUUUCUACGUCCUCAGUUCAAUAAAAGCACAAAAGG